UAUUAUUACACAAUUAUAUAUUAAUUACAAGCAUAUUAGUAUAACAAGGGAGAAAAUUAUAUAUGUGUUCCUUCUGACAACUAUGCAGGUAUAAUUCCAUCAGAGAUAGGUAAUCUUGAACGUUUGGAAGUAAUGAACUUAAUCGGCAGCUCUCUAACAGGGUCCAUUCCAUCUUCAAUCUUCAACAUUUCAUCUUUGAGAAUAAUUAAUUUCUCAAACAAUACCCUGUCUGGAAGUUUGCCUGUAGACAUGUGCAACCAUCUUCCUAAACUUGCUAGACUCUAUCUCUAUUUGAAUCAGAUUCAAGGGCAUAUUCCAUCAGAUUUAUACAAAUGCCGGGAGCUCCAAGUUUUAUCACUGUCAUUCAAUGGCUUUAAUGGUGGCAUACGUAAAGAAAUUGCCAACCUAACCAUGCUCAAGGAGUUAUAUCUUCGUGAAAACAACUUGAAAGGUACUUUACCAGAUGAGAUUGGUAACCUUAAUCUCCAGACACUUGAUGUCUAUGGAAACACCUUAACUGGCACCAUUCCAUUCAAAAUAUUCAAUGUGUCAACAAUGAAAAUCCUUAACCUGGGAUUUAAUAACUUUUCUGGCAAUCUUCCUUUGGACAUGGGGUUUUGGCUUCCAAAUCUUGAAGAGCUUUAUCUAAUCAUGAACAAACUCAGCGGAACAAUUCCGAGCUCUAUCUCUAAUGCUUCUAAGCUUACCAUCAUUAGCAUGAGCAUGAACUCAUUCACUGGAUCUAUACCCAACACACUUGGUAGUUUAACACUCUUGUGGAAGCUCUUCCUUCAUACAAAUAGUUUGAAGGGGGAAUCUUCUACUCCAGAGUUGAGAAUUUUCUCUUCUUUAACAAAUUGUAGACAAUUGGAGGUCUUGCGCAUAUCAUUAAAUCCACUAAACGGCAUACUUCCAAUGUCUGUCGGGAAUUUGUCUACUAGACUACUAGUGUUUGAUGCAUUUGGCUGCAAAAUUAGGGGCAACAUUCCCAGUGGAAUCGGCAAUUUGAGCAACUUGGUAAUCCUACGAUUAGGAAGCAACCAUUUGACUGGACCAAUUCCAAAAUCACUAGAGAGAUUACAAAAUCUUGUACGUUUGCAUCUUCAAAACAAUGCAUUGAAAGGAUCCAUCCCAGGUGACCUCUGUCGGUUGGGGAAAUUGGGAGAUUUGUCUGUGAGUGCUAAUAUGUUGUAUGGACAGAUUCCGACAUGCUUGGGUGAGCUUAAAUCUCUAAGAUGGCUCUACCUUGACUCCAAUAGAUUAAGUUCCAAGGUACCGUCAAACUUGUGGAGCCUUGAAGACCUUUUGGGUCUUAACUUAUCCUCAAACUUUCUAACUGGUGAGCUACCAUUGUAUGUCGGAAACUUGAAGGUCAUAACCCUAAUUGAUUUGUCAAGGAAUCAAUUAUCAGGUACAAUCUCAAACACCAUCGGAGGAGCUCAGUCGUUAGUUUCUCUCUCGUUGUCCCAUAAUAAAAUACAAGGACCUAUUCCUCGAUCACUCGGCAACCUUGUAAGCUUGGAAUUAUUGGAUCUAUCUAGUAACAAUUUGUCUGGAAAAAUUCCCAAGUCCUUAGAGGAACUCAGGUAUCUCGAAUAUUUGAAUGUGUCUUUCAAUAGACUGCAAGGAGAAAUUCCUACUGGAGGACAUUUUGCAAACUUUACAGCUCGGUCAUUUUUGCAUAAUGAUGCACUUUGUGGUGAACCCCGAUUGCAAGUUCCCCCUUGUAAAACCAACAAGAAUGGGCGAUCAAGGUUGAAAAUUGUACCCGUUUUGAAAUUUAUUUUACCCUCGAUUGCAUUAGCAUUUCUUGUUAUAGCCCUCAUAUUUUUGUUGAAAAUAUAUCGAAAACAAGAGAUCGAAUUGCAUACCGAGAAAGAUAUAUCACCUUUUGCAUGGAAAAAGGUUUCGUAUCAGGAACUUUUACAAGCGACAAAAGCAUUUGGUGAAACCAACCUAAUAGGCAUGGGAAGUUAUGGUUCAGUAUAUAAAGGAACGCUUUUGGAUGGGAUGAAUAUCGUGGUGAAGGUAUUCAAUUUGCAACUAGAAGGAGCUUUCAAGAGUUUCGAUGCCGAGUGCGAAGUAAUGCGCAACAUUCGUCAUCGGAACCUAAUUAAAAUCAUCAGCAGUUGCAGCAACAUGGAUUUCAAAGCCUUGAUACUAGAGUACAUGCCUAAUGGGAGUCUCGAGGAGUGGUUGUAUUCUCACAACUAUUGUUUGGACAUUCUACAACGGUUAAACAUAAUGAUAGAUGUUGCAUUUGCAUUAGAAUAUUUACAUCAUGAUCAUGCAACACCUAUUAUUCACUGUGAUUUGAAACCGAGCAAUGUCCUCCUUGAUGAAGACAUGGUUGCACGUGUUGCUGAUUUCGGGAUUGCAAAACUCUUAGGUGAAGGAGAUCUAAUGGUACAAACCAUGACCUUGGCAACAAUCGGGUAUAUGGCACCAGAGUAUGGAAUUGAAGGAAGAGUAUCAACAAAAUGUGAUGUCUAUAGCUAUGGUAUCUUGUUGAUGGAAACAUUUUCAAGGAAGAAGCCGACUGAUGAAAUGUUUGCCGGAGAGGUGAGCUUGAAGCGUUGGGUGAAAGAAGCAUUAAAGGGUUCGAUAAUUGAAAUUGUGGACACCAAUAUGAUAAAAAGAGAUGAUGAAAAUUUCUCUGCUAAGGUGGACUGUGCAUCAUCUAUCUUUCGUUUGGCCAUGGAUUGUUCCAAUGAUUCAGCUAAGGAAAGGAUCAAUAUGAUUGAUGCUUUGGCCACACUCAAGAAAAUCAAAACCUCUUUUCUUGCAAAUAUUGGUACCACCUUGAAAGAUGAAGCAAUCAAGAUUAACAUGUAUCAUUUUUAGUAGUAUUUUGUACUUUUCAUAUUUUUCUCUCUAAUAAUUUAGGUCCGCUUUGAAACAAUUUUUCUUGAGAGAAAUGAUUUUGAAGAUCAUGUUAUAGUCCGUGUGUUGUGAAUAAUUCAA